AACACCAACUUCAAAAGUCAAUCCAUACAAUUUGUAAUUAUUAUAACUAGACAAAUUUCUUUAUUUAUAAAGUAAUAAUUUUUAAAAAGAAAGUUGAGAUUAAGGCUCACUUCCGCGAGCUAAUAUAAGGGGGGGCAUUGUUUGUGUGACUAUAUAAACUUGGCCUUUGCAUACGCCUACCAGUAAGGAAAACAACCUGGUGUGUGAAAUAAAUUUUAAGUAUAUCGCCGAACUCGAUAGAGACACUCGCUAAAAGCAUAGGAAAGAAGCAGUCGUCGUGGAAAGUGAAUGGUGGCAUUGAAUGGAUGAGGGUGAAAGUGAGCAACAGGAGUGAGUAUUAUGCGUUUUAAAUUAAAUGAUUCUUUUUCGGGAAAGAGCUGGACAAUUGAAGAUGUCCAUUGGACUCCACAGGACUUGGUUUCCUGGAUUAUGAAGCUUGAUAUUGACUUGAGUGAUGAUGCGAAAUUGUUGCUUCCGAACGGCAUGUCUUUGAAUGAGACAUUACUGGAUGAUGACAGUAAUGUGGUUAUCUACGUACUUGACCAAAACUUGUUAAAAUUUAGCAUUCCAGAAGGUACCCCUUCUCUUCCCAGCCUUGAAGUGGGUAGUUUCGUCAAUAGCUUACCUAAUUUUGAGGUUGAAAAAGACAAAUUUGUUUCCUUUCCAUGGAAAGAGAAAUUGCUUGAAUACCGUCAGGAAAUAGCUGAUUUCAUUCAUGCGUCUUACAACUUAUACGAGGAAUUGACUCUUCAUCAUAAUCAAAUGACCACUAGUCUGAGUGCCCCGACGGUAGCGAUGAAUUAUUUACAACGGCGUCAGUCUGGGAUGAAGGAGUUGUUGGUCGUCUUUUAUGAGCGAUUAGAAAAGGUCUCCAUUAACGACCUCCUCCGUGAUUUUUUGGCUAUGCCAGUUGGCUCUUUGCCUAUUACGACUCAUAAACUGUUAUCUCCAAACUGGGUUAAGCUAGAUUCUUGGUUGAACUCUAUUUCUUCUCAAUAUUCUGAAGCUCAAAAACGUGUUCAGCAAUGCAUCGCGGCUACAAAUAGCAUUGUUGUUUCCCCUUUCAAAGAGCAUUCCUCUAUGGAAGAAGCCUAUUCUUUAUUUCAACAAAUAACCAAGUUUACUGAAACAAUUAAUUGCGAUUUGAAGGAUCUGCUGGAGCACUGUUUUGAGCUGGCGAAAGACCCAACUUUGUUAGAUAGUAAAAUUCGAGUCCAUGUUCAUCAUGUGCAACAGCUAUCGGUUCUGGUAAACGACUUGCAUGGUUACGCAUGCUCUUUUCUCGAUUCCAGAAAAUCAUCGUUGAUUACGUUAAAAUCUUUUUGGCUUGCUUUUUUUAAAGUUUCUCUAAAAUAUGACACCUUAUACGAAUACUUACGCCAUAUCGCCGAGGAAUUAGAUCGAAGCAAAUUAAUCAUUUCCCAAUGUCAAAAUAUAUAUUCUCUUUUUGCUGACAUUUUAAUGGAAGCUCUACGAAGAACUGAAUGGCAAGCAUCCUAUAAUGCAAAUCACAGAAGUACCCUUCCCAUAGACCAAGAGAAAGAGUCUAAUACCCGAAAAUCCUGGCUGAGUCAAUUCUCUAAUUUCUUAUUUAAUCAUGACCAGUUAAGAUAUCUUCCUACAAUUACACGAAGCGAGCUGUCUGCCUUCCUAAACAAUCUUCAAGCCGAGCCCAAAUAUCAAAAUUUUUUGCAUAUUCUUAGCAAUCGUCUUUCAGAGUCGCUUGGAUUUCCUAAUCCUUUGCAAGGUGAUGCAUUACCUAGUAAUAAUCAAGAAAUCGCAGCACUUCAAGAACGAUUAGCUAUCUAUCAAAACCGUUGUAACAACCUGGAAACUAUAAUGUUGCAGCAGCGACAUUUACCUAUUAAUACAAAUCUAAAUGAUAUGGCCCAACCAAACACACCUCGCGCAGAUGUAAUGGAUGAUGGUUCGCAGCCAUUUUAUCGGACUUCCCCCAGUAUUGUUCCUUUAAACAUUAUAAGAAAAUUUUCCCAACGUAAAACGUCUUUUUCUGAGGGUCUUGCGUCCAAAUAUCAGGUUGAGGUAGAACAACUUCGUCACGAGUUAGGCGAAGUAGUAAAAAGAAAUAGCAACCUUUCAAUAGAGUUAAACUCUAAAAAAGAGCGUGUGCAUUUCUUGGAAACGGAAAAUGAAGAGCUCUUAGCAAAAUAUAACGAUAAACCUCCGCGUGCAGAUGACUCUUCUUUAAGAAAUGAGGGAUCGCAAAACGAGAAUCCAGUUGUGAAAUUAUCACAUGCUUUUGAUGAAAAGCAAAAUAUCAUGUCAUUUUGCUCAGUCUUUGAAAGUAAAGUUUCAAAGUUACAGGAGAUUUGUGAUGUCUUCAAGAAUGAAAUCACUACGUUAAGACAGCAGGAAGAGCUUUCAGAAAUGGCUAAAGAUUCUCAAUUAGUCAAGAAGCUUUUGGAGGAAAAAGCAUUAGCAACUCAAGAACAAAAGAAAAUAGAGGAAGUUGCAGAAUCCAGAAGAGAGCAAUGUAAGGUUUUAACUCAAAAGCUUUUUACUUUAGUUUUCCGUUGUCAUGAACUACGGACCGUUUUGCAAGAAUGUGUGGGACAAGCUGGCCAAGAAGUGGAUCGUGAUGGUUUCUGUAAUGGCUCUGAUCGACAAGUACAAUUUAGUUCCAAAGAUUUGCAAUAUCUGUACUGGAUGGACAAUGAUGAUACUGACCAGUCCUUCCAGCAAUUUAUGAAUCGAAUGGCUUCUUUAGAUAUUGACUCAUUUCAUGAGUUCGUGGUAAAUGUUAUCAUUGAAGCCCAUAAUAAUGAACUUCGCUGGAAGCGUGAGUUCCAGUCUAAUCGAGAUAAGGCCUUGAAAGCCAUAUUAGAAUCCCAAACCAAAGUUUCUUUGCGAAAUUUUAAGCAAGGAUGUUUGGCUUUGUUUUUACCGACUCGCCGUUAUAUUCAAGGUCAGCGUAUUUGGGCUGCGUUCAACGUUAAUGCUCCGAACUAUUAUCUAAAAAUCCAAGACAUCUCAAAGCUUAAUUCUCGUGACUGGAUGGUAGGAAGGAUAACAUCCAUUGAAGAUCACGUUGCUGAUGGAACAAUUGACAAAUGGCUAAAACUACCUAUGGGCACUAUUUGGCACUACGUGGAUGCUAUUGAUGAAAGACUUUAAAAGACUCGUUUCGACGUUUUGAUAUUUAUGAUGUGUCUCUUAAAUGAGAUAGAAAAUCGCAACACUCUCGUUAUCCCAUUGUUUUCAUUAUUGAUGUUUAUUUAAGAAUGAAAUAUUUUAGUAUGGCGCUUAUGAUGAAAGACAUAAGGCAGUUAAUGUCUAUACUAGAAUCUUUUUUUUCAUGACCGAUAACUUAAUAUUUUAAAUGAAUUGAUUAGCAUUCUUACAAAUUUAAUUUGGCACAGAAUCGUGUUCUUUCAAUACCUCCAG